GGCCUGGCAACUCUCAUUCAAUAAUUCUCGGUGUCGGUCGUAUUUUUGUUGGUUUAGGACACCAACACUGCCCUGUCAUCCAACAAUGGCCUCUGAAGCAAACCAGGAGACCAAACCCGAGGUCAAAGACCCCGAGAAGCCAGACCUAGAGAAGGUCCCUACGUUAAGCGACGACAAGUCCGUCGCAGAAGGCGAAGUCGUCGAGCUCGACCAAGCGGAAGUCUUCCUACGGGACAGCGGCUAUGACUGGCAGCAGGUAGACGAGCUCCUCGAAGACAAGCAGAAGAUGAAAGCAUUGGUUCGAAAAAUCGACAAGCUACUGCUGCCACUGCUCAUGGGGACGUACGUAUUGCAGUACAUCGACAAGAGCACCACGUCGUACGGAGCCGUCUUCGACCUGCUCAAGGAAACGAACAUGAGCGGCGACGAGUACUCAUGGACGGCAAGUAUUUUUUACCUUGGCUAUCUGUUCUGGGAAUACCCGGCCUCUUACCUCGCCCAGCAUUACCGGACCGGCAAAGUCAUUUCGAUAACGAUCAUUGCUUGGGCCUCGAUGUUGAUGAUAACGGCUGCUUGCGAGAACUUUGGUGGCUUGGCUGUGUGUCGCUUCUUUCUGGGGUGCUUUGAAGCGCCCAUCACGCCGGCCUUUAUGCUCGUCGUGUCGAUGUGGUAUGCGCGCGACCAGCAGCCUUUCCGAGCCGGGUGCUUCUACUGUUGCAAUGGAGUCGGCUCAAUGAUUGGCGGCAUUCUGUGCUAUGGUAUCGGCCAGAUAGACAGCUUCCCUGUUUACAAGAGCAUCUUCCUGAUUUGUGGCGGUGCGACUUUACUCUUUGGUCUGGUUUUCCUAUGGCGCAUGCCAGACAGCCCAAUCCUGGCCAAGGGUUUCACCUUGGAAGAAAAGGCUGCGUUGUUGGGUGUUGGAAGGAAGAACCAGACUGGCAUGUUGAACCGGACCAUUAAGCCAUACCAAAUCAAGGAGGCUUUUAUGGAUAUACAGGUUUGGGUGUUGUUUUUCUUUACGCUGCUCAAUGAGCUAAUGAACGGUGGCAUUGCCAAUUUUGGUAAACUCAUCAUCAAAGGCUUAGUUGAUGACCCGUUGAAAACAACUGCUUUGGGCAUCCCACAAGGUGCAUUUCAAGUCCUGUACGUCUUUACCGGUGGACUAUUAGCAACGCUUUUUAAGAACUCCCGGACAAUCAUCAUGGCGGUCUAUGUCCUUCCAACCAUAGUCGGCGCUUCGAUGAUGUGGAAGAUACCAAGAACAAACGAGAUCGGGUGUCUGUUUGGCUACUACAUUGUGGGAUCAUACGUUGCAUCCUUGACGCUUGCUCUGCAAAUGCCUGCCAGCAACCUCGGCGGAUACACUAAGCGUGUGACGGCCACGGCUUUCGUUUUCCUUGCAUACUGCGUGGGAAAUAUAAUCGGGCCGCAUGCUUUUCUUGCCUCGGAAGCCCCUAUUUAUCAGACGGGCGUCAAGAUGAUCUUGGGCUGUGCUUGCAGCCAGUUCGCUCUGGCUGUCUUCCUGCGCUUCUGGCUUACAAGGCGGAAUAAGCUACGUGAUCAGGCGGCUGCCGAACGGGGCUCGGAAGAAGGCGUGCAAGAGGAGCCGUUGUUGGAUCAGACCGACUUCGAGAACCGAAGGUUUAGGUAUUCCUUAUAAAGAAAUGCGGCCUUAAGUUCCAAGAGCAUGGU